CUGAACGAAAUGAAAUGGCUGCGUCGCUCUUGAAAAUGUAUAGUAGUUCCAUCCGCAAAUGCCUCAGACAUGUUUCGAAAUACUGUCGAAUUGGAAGCAGGAGAGCAACUUUUCAUUGUACGGCAAAAAAUUUGAAAGUAAAAUGCAACGAUAAACCAUUUUUCACAACUCGUUUAGCUCUACCUCCCGAUUACGAGAACGUAGCAGAUUUCAUGUGCGAAGCAUACUACAAACACGAACCGGUAGUCAUCAACAUUGGUCUCGGAGGUACAGAGGCCCCACCUAUUUGGAGACGUAUGAUGCUAGAACAAGUAAAGGCCGGAUACUCGAUCAUCGCUGAGAAUCGAGAGAAUUGUAUAAUUGGCGCUGCCCUAAAUUGUAUAACGGACCAUAACGAACAGAAAAUGUUAUGCAAAUUGGCAAGAUGCUGCGAGGACGGACCUCUUCGCGAUCUUAUCGAAUUUUUCGCUUUCGUACUCGAAGCACCUAAAGUUUGGGAACGUUUUCCCGUAAGACUUAUCUUUGAACAAUGCAGUUUAGCAGUAAGUUGUGAGUAUCAAGGUUUAGGAAUCGCCAAAAGAUUGAUCCAGGAAAGCUGGCACUUGGCACGCGACUGUGGCUACCGAUUGUUCAGACUAGAUUGCAAUAGCAGCUAUUGUGCAAAGAUAGCCCAAGGUUUUGGAUGGCCAAUGAUCUGGGAUAUACCAUUCGAUCAAUAUGUGAAAAACGGUAAAGUCAUCUUCAACCAUGUUAAGGAACCACAUACUACGUGUCGCGUCUUCGUUGAUCGUUUACGAUAUUGUAAAACCUACUGCCUUCCUUAUAAGGAUUGUAAAACAACAACAUCUGCUCCGUUUCCAGAAAAGUAAAAUAAAUGUUCUUACAUUCUUGCGUUUGUCAAUUAUUAAAAUUGUUAAUAUUUAUCGAAGAUGAUAAUCGAUAAUCCUCGGCCUUUUUAUUUCUAAUCCUGCUACGUUCUAUGAAUUAUUUUAGGUUCAAUAACGUUUCUUUCUUGACAAAUCUCUUAAGUUUGCAGAAAGUAUAAAAGACUGAUUGUUUGGGAUACUUGACUUCUCGUCUUCGGAAUUUAUAAAUAUAAUUAGAGGAAAGAUAUUCAUUCUCGCUUUAGUCUCCACGAAUACGCAGAGUUCGACGGCUCCGGUGCUAUAGGUCGUGCGAAAGUUUGCCAAUCGAAGAGAAUAAAGCGGUGGUAACAUUUAAAUGAAAUUCUCGAUAUUUGACUUGUAAGCCCCGUCUCGAUACGAAGCCGGAUUUCGAAGCGCAACUUUUGUGAACGAUGGAAUUACAAAUACCGUACAGAAUCGUAGACAGUUUCCAGUCGAGGCGAAUUCGGUUGCUAAGUUCGAUUCGCGGAAUGAAAGCUCGACAUUGCGGGACGUCAAUUGAACGCGUCUGUCACGACCGCAGGAGAGAAAUAAUAGUCGUCGAACGUGGCGAUUCGUUGUUGUAACGAGGUUCCGCCCGCGGAAUGAAACCGAUCCGCGACACAUAAAUCGCGUUCCGUGUAUUUUUACUGUCGACAGGUUUGAAAGUGGCCGGCAAAUUGCCGACCGAAUUGAUCUAUUGCCGGCUCAGUUGACUCAUUUGUAAAACAAUUUCAGACAGACGCCCGAUCGUCCAUUACCGGCUCAGUUAUUGCCGGAAUUCGGAUGCGGCGUCUGCAAACACUAGCCGCCGCUAUGAUUUAACCAUGCGAUCGUGGUCGUUUUAUGAGAUAGGCAUUCAAUCGAUGGAAAUCGAUUAUGUAGAAUCAUAAAUGAGUUGCGCAAAGUGAAAUCUACGAAGUAUCACGAUCGAUCUAUGAAUACGAUUUAAUCUGUUAACCCGUCUAAUUUAAUUGCUAAUAUUUUCGACAUUAUAAUUUCUUAAUUUAGAAAUCACAGAAAUUUUAUAUGUCAAAUCGUUAGAAUUUUAUCCUUUCAUUUCUGUUAAGAAUAAAUUAUAUGGUAUUUAUAUUUGCAUAGAUCACAAUUGGCCUUAAUUGGGCUCAUUGUCCUGCUUAAUUCCGUGAUGGUGGGAAACUCUUGUUCGCAUAUUUCACGAUACGGUUGUAAAAAUCGGAGAAAAUCAUGUAUUUUGCAAGAGAACGUAAGACAAAUUCUUGAAGAGCUUCGUAAAAUACAAUAAUGUACAAAAAUCAUAGGAAAUCAUGAAUUUCCCUAAGAAACAUACAAAAUUCAUCGAAGUAAAAAUUGAAUUUGGUUGUCUAUUCUUUUGCUCCAGUCCUUUCAUAUCGUUCCACGUAUUCUACAAACUAUAAAUUACAUAUACACGAUUCUUCGAUCUCAUCUAAAAACUAUAAAAUGGUUUUCGUGUUUGAGGAAGAUAUGUUACAUAAAAAAAAUUAUUCACAAUAAACGGAAAGUAUCUUUUGCUACAAGCAAAAAGCAAAGUCCAUGUAACAGGUACAUUUGCUUUCGCAGUCGCUUAUAUACACAAAAAACACGACUUUCCAUAAUAAACAACGGGGAAAUAUCAUGCAGACAUACGAUACGUAUAGUAUUAAGUCCCGCACAAGCAUCCGGUCGGAUGUUAAGCCAAUAUGUAACCGGAAGCUCUGUUUGUCGAGCGGUUUAAACGGAAAGGCGCUUUUGCCCUGGUGCAAAACGAACACAAGAAGAAUUAAACGAAACGUUCUACAAAGGAACACGAGAAAGUACGAACUUAGCGAAGAUAAAGAAGUUUUUCUCAAGUG